CCGAGCAGCUGAGCUGUCACCUACACUUCGUCAGCUCAUGCCCCGAGGUUAUAUUUCUUAUUUAAAUUAAAGAUUCACUUCAUUCCAGAUGUUAUAUAAGCAAUAAAUAAUAACAUCAAUAAACCGACAAAUGUAUUAUUUAAAUAAAAAAUGGACAUCGAGACUGAGAAUGUUAUAAAGCUCGUAUUUCCAAGUGGCAUUCCAGAAUCAUGGAAGGAAAAUCCAGAAUUUUAUCAAUACUUAUCUAAACUUGGUGGCUACGAUGUUGAUCAACUGAGUAAGGAACCAGAUCAUUUAAAUGAUGAAAAGGCUUCAGUAUUGCAAACUACCCAAGAGCUAGUGUUUACAAACUAUAAAACUUUCAUUCAAACUGCAGAAAGUUCCAGGGAGAUAUUUAAACAAUUUAAUGAAACAGAGAGUCAUCUCAAUGGGCUUGUACAAAAGAUACCCAACUUUAUGGAAAAGUGCCAGUCCUUCUGCGAUAAAUCGAAGGACAUAAAUACGCAUAGAAGAAUAAAUAGUUUAACAUUAACAAGAAAUGCAGAAUUACUCGAGAUACUUGAAAUGCCUCAGCUGAUGGAAUCCUGCUUGAGGAGCAAUCAGUACAACGAAGCAUUAGAGUUAUCCCAAUAUGCUCGUCAAUUAGGAGCUAAACAUGGAGACAUUCCAAUCAUAUCGUCCAUAGUGGCAGAAAUUGAAAGCAGUUGGUCUGGCAUGGUAGGACAGGUUGUGGGUUCGUUGAGAGGAGAUCUGCCACUCGCAAGAUGUUUGCAACUUGUCGGAUUAUUGAGAUCAAUGGACGCGUUUACAGAGCCAGAAUUACGUAUUAAAUUUUUGCAGGCUCGCGACAGCUGGUUACAAAGUUUGUUGAGCGCGAUCCCCAAAGAUGACCCUAAUAUCCAUAUAACGAAAACAAUAGAAUUAUCGAGGAUACACUUGUUUAAUAUAAUUACGCAAUAUAAAGCGAUGUUCAACGAUGAUGAGUUGAUAAUACCGGGAAGAGACCCAACAGUAAACGAGUGCGCUAUAUUCUAUCACUGGAUCGAAGAAAAAAUAUCACAAUUUCUAACGACUCUGGAACAAGAUUUGCCCGGUGUUACAUCGAUAGAUUCUAUUUUAGGCCAGUGUACAUAUUUCGGUUUAUCGUUCGGUAGAGUAGGUGCUGAUUUCACUGGUCGAAUGUCCGAUAUAUUUGUACGCGUUAUUCGCGAAAAGUUCGAUGCCAGUAUCCGUAAGGCAACAAAGAAAUUUGAGAAAGAUAUGGAAUCUUUUACACUUAUUAAUAAAACGCAAAGGACCAAUAUUAAAAUGGCUACUAGUGUUAAGUCAGAAAGUCCACCAGAACAAUUGGUAGAAUUCUAUCCGUUAGCUGAAUAUUGUAACGGACUUGUAUCUACUUUUAAUGAAAUAAGGCUUUGCCCGCCCAUAGCACUUUCCGUCGUUUGUACAAAGACUCUGCAGGAUUCCUUACGGAAUGUAGCGAAGGCUAUUUUACUGUUUUAUAAACAAGAACAGCAAGCUUUCGCAGCUUCAGAAAGGGAGAACAUGCUGCGAUUUAUAGAAUGCCUGAGUGAACAAUUAAUUCCUUAUGUGCAAUACUGUAUUCACGCUAUUUUCCCACCGAGCCAAACUGCGAUUCACUUGGGAGUUUCGGAAAAUCUGCUGCAAACGGAGGGAAUUACGUAUUUAAACAGAGAAAAUAUUUUGGAACCAUUGGCUCCUUUACUGCCGAUUUCAAAAAAUCCAUCAGUUGCCAGCAUGCAAACAUUAGGGCUGCUGAAGAUUGAAUCAAGUUCGUCAGAACAGAUGGAAAUAAAUGCAACUGCUGCACAGUUGGAGAAGUUGAGAUUUUCAGAAUCGCAUUCGGCUGCAGAACAGAAAAUUGAAGCUGCUGAUGUUGGAAAUAUUAAUGCAAAUCAAAAUAGAUAAUUGUACAUUUUCAUCUCCAUCUCAAGAUUAUUGUAUGCAGCCUUGUAAAUAAAGAAAAUAAUUUUUUAAUCCA